AUGACCAUGAGAGAGCACUGGACCUUACCGGCGGAUGAGUUUCUUAGGUACACUGGGCCAGAUUGGCUGUUACAUGCGAUCGACAUCUCGGAGCCCGCUCUUGGAGCCCGUCUCAUACUUCUGCACUGGCGCGCCUGUUCUUUGGCCAAGGAAGCUCCAGACGAUAAAGGGAAGCUUGCCCUAGUUCCCGAGUUCCGACGUGAAAAAGCUGAGACCGAUUCCCACGGCUGGAAGUCCUGGAUUCCCACGGAGGAGGGCUGGGUGAAGGUCAAUGUGGAUGGCGCGUAUGUGGAGGGCACGGGAGAAGCGGCCAUUGGGAUCAUCGCCAGAGACCAUCAUGGCUCCGUUCUUCUGUCAGCAUGGAAGACCCUACAGAUGAUCGGUUCGGCGGUGGAGGGGAAAAAGACCAUGGAUUUGAAUCAGUUUCCUUCAGAAGUUGAUUUUGAUUUCCUGGAUGCUGUUAAUACAAGUCCUUCCUACUGCACUCAAGUACCUUUGGUUGAUGCAAGUUUAGAAGGUGAUGAGCACAAUGGCAUUGACAAUCCAUCAAAUGCUGACGCUACAACCCAAAAUGCACAUGGUUGUCCGCUUAACAACCAAGAAUCUACUGUUGUUACAGAAGAGGUUGUGGAAGAUAUUUGGUUGACACCACCAGUGCCAUACACAGGGCAAGCAUUUUCCACUAAACAGGAAGCAAGAGAGUUCUACAAUUCAUAUGCAAAGAGGAUUGGUUUUUCUGUUUGUACUAGUACUACACGGCUAUCACGGGUGACUAGAGAGCAGAACAAGGUUCAGUUCGUCUGCAACAAAGAGGGGCGACAGAGGAAAACGAAGGAAGAGCAACCAGUUGCUGAAACUGAUGAUAGCAAUUUUGAUGAAGAUUCAGAUCCUAAUGAUUGCGAUGAGGGAGCAGAAAAGAAGAAGAAGUUGGAUGGCGGCAAAAAGAGAAAGAGGGAAAAGAUGAUACAUACAGACUGUAAAGCCAAAAUGGUUGUCAAACUGAUUGCUAGCAAAUGGCAUGUGAUAAACUUUGUGCCAGAUCACAACCAUGACCUUGUUUUGAAGACAUCACUGAAAAAGUUCCUAAGGUCUCACAAGGGGAUACCUAAAGAGGAGAAGGAUUUCAUUGCAUUGUUGCAUGGGUCCAACUUGCGCACUGGUCGUAUAAUGCAACUUAUGAACAAGUUUUAUGGCUCUGCGCAGCUAGUUCCAUAUGAAGGAAAAGAUGUUAGCAACUUUCGUUCCACCAUUAGGAAAGCUGAAAAGUACAAAGAUGUUCAGGAGACCUUGGACUACUUUAAGGAGCUAGAAGAUCAAGAUGCUGAAUUCUUUUACAAGAUAAAGCUUGACGAAGAUAACAGAGUUGAAUGCCUGUUUUGGGUUGAUGGAGCUGCAAGGCGUGCCUACAUUGAAUUGUACAAUGAUUUGGUGUCUUUUGAUGCUACCUAUAUGACAAAUAUGUAUGAUAUGCCCUUUGCUCCAUUUAUUGGGAUCAACAAGCAUGGGCAGUCGUUCAUGCUGGGGUGUGGCUUCAUAAGAGAUGAAAAAACCCCUAGCUAUGUGUGGCUGUUUGAAACAUUCCUAGAAGCAAUGCAGGGCAAAGCACAUGUGAGCAUAAUAACCGACCAAGAUGGUGCUAUGAGGUGUGCAAUCGCGCAGACAUUUCCAAAUACAAAUCACAGGAACUGUCGGUGGCACAUAAUGGACAAAUUUACUGGAACAAUAGGCCCUAUCCUUGAUAAAGAUGAAAAACUGGAAGAUGACUUCAAGGAAUGCAUGAACUACACCGUUAGCCCAGAUGAAUUUGAAGUAAAGUGGUCUGCUAUGAUCAGCAAAUAUAAUUUGCAAGAGAAUGUUCAUUUCCAACAUCUUUAUGCAAUCCGCAGUAGUUUUGUGCCAGCUUACUACAUGCAUUGUUUUUACCCAUUCUUGCAAUCGACUCAGAGGAGUGAGGGGUUUAAUGCUGUGCUGAAAAAGUAUGUGAACCCAAACAUGUCGAUUCUGCACUUUGUUAGGCAGUACCAAAAGAUUCAAGACAAGUGUUUGGUGGCUCAAGAUGGGCAGGACUUCAGAACUGAUGAUAAGGAGAGGAGAAGGUGGUCUAGAUACCCAAUUGAGAAACACGCAUUAACUGUGUUCACUAAGAACCUAUUCUACAGAUUCUCAAAAGAAUUUGAGAAAACUGCUGAAUAUGAUGUGACACCUGAAGGUCAGUUCCAAUAUUUGCUUGUGCCGAACAACAAUUUUGUCUAUGGCUAUGGAAAAAGGACAUAUCUUGUGACAGCCGUGGUGGAGGAAGAAAGUUACUACUGUGAUGACCCUAUUACCAUCUAUGGUGAUUUCGAUGGCGCUAGUGCAAUGACUACAGGUGUCGGCAACCCCCCAAGAUCAAAAGUCAAAGGGCGCAAGAAGGAGAAAAGGUUUAAAAAAGGGAUGAAUGCUGGAUCAAAAAGAAAGAACAAGUGCAGCCUUUGCAGAAGCACUAACCAUAAUGCUGCAAAGUGCCCAACGAAAGAGGGAGAAUGUGUGGUGUUAGGAUCUGUUGCUGUGGAAUAG